AUGCCAGCCCAGUGCCAGCGCACAGUGCCAGCACAGCUCGAGGCGUUCAUCGACACGGUCGCCGCGGGGCGCGCGCUCGGCUCGAUCAAGCGGCGCUUCUGCUUCGCGCUCGACGACGUGUUGCUGUGCGAGCCCAGUGGCCGGCUGCUGCGGCGCGCAGCCUCCGUGAUGCAGCCGCAAGGCUGCGACGCGACGUAG